AACCGGAAGUUGGUUACAACGUGCGCCGAAAACCGUUAACUGUUGCAGAUACUGUUCUAUUUUUGUAUGACAUCAGUAGCUGCUAGCCUCUUAAGACGACCGACCAGUACUUUGAAUACACUCAAGUUUGCUUGCUGCUUAGAUAAUUUUAUCGUCAUGCCUUUCUAUGCUGUGAAAAAAGGACGUGUACCCGGCGUAUAUGAGACAUGGACUGAAUGUCAAGAACAGAUAAAUGGUUUCUAUGGCGCCAAGUUUAAGAAGUUCAAUACAGAAGAGGAAGCUCUGGCUUUUGCAGAUAUUUCUCCAUCAGACAAAACUCUCUCCAGUGUAGCAAAAUCUAUUCAACCAAUUGUGAAAAAACUCAUGUCCAGAGUGAAAGAAGUCUCUCCUCUCUGUCAGACACUGGUGUCAAUGCUGGCUGAUUUGGAUGAUUCAGAAGAUAGCAAAGAAUUUUCAACAUUAGCAUGUAAUGUUGAAAAUGAUUUGGCUAAGUUGACAGCAAGUGUUAAACUGACAAUUGAUUCUAAGCUUUUGACAGGAACUACUAAGAGGAAGGCUUCUGAUUCAUCUGAAAACACACCAGAACCUCCUGAAAAGAAGAAGUGUGUUGAAGAAGGAGGUUUUUCUGGGAAAAAAUUUGCUGAUGAUGACGGAGUUGUUGUUUACACUGAUGGCUGCUGUUUCCACAAUGGUAAACAUGGUGCCUCAGCUGGACUUGGUAUCUACUGGGGAGAAGGAGAAAAGAACACAAGUGAAAGACUUGAUGGGCGACAAACAAACAAUCGGGCUGAAAUACAUGCUGCCAUUAGAGCUGUUGAACAAGCAAAGGCCAAAAAUAUUUCAAACCUUAUUGUCAAAACUGACAGUCAGUUCCUAAUAAACUGUAUAACUAAAUGGUUGGAGGGUUGGAAAAAGAAGAACUGGAUGAAAUCAAGUGGAGAAGAAGUGAUAAACAAAGAAGAUCUGCAGGAAUUGGACGAGAAAUUGGAGGGAAUCAAUGUUAAAUGGGUCCAUGUGGAUGCUCAUUGUGGAGUGGCUGGAAACGAAGCUGCUGACAAAUUGGCCAAUAAAGGAGCAAAACUCCCUCUACCCAAGUAGAUUUUCCUGCAUGUUGUUAUUCGGAAUGUCAACAAAUGAUAUAUCGUAAAGUCUCACACACACACACACACACACACACACACACACACACACACACACACUCUCUCUCUCUCUUGCACAGAUAUAGUGAUAAGCAUAGUCUUACAAUAAUACUUUCGAAAUAUCCUUUCACAGAUAUAUAGUAGUAUUUCUACAAUAAAAGAUAUAUCUAUGUAUUCAUAA